CCCAUUGUAUAGAGCCGAGGAAACCCUGUGCGGUGAGCAGCCAUCUUGAGCCAGGAUAACCUGCAAACCUCUUCUGAACAGCUCCAAAACGCCGAAAGAUUUCAUUCCUGAGCCACCAUGGCCACUGCACCAUAUAACUACUCCUACAUUUUCAAAUACAUCAUUAUUGGGGACAUGGGAGUAGGGAAGUCCUGUUUGCUUCACCAGUUCACAGAAAAGAAAUUUAUGGCAGACUGCCCUCAUACAAUCGGCGUGGAGUUCGGGACGAGGAUAAUCGAGGUGAGCGGACAGAAAAUCAAGCUGCAGAUUUGGGACACAGCAGGACAGGAGCGCUUCAGGGCCGUCACCCGCUCCUACUACCGCGGGGCUGCAGGGGCACUUAUGGUCUACGACAUUACCAGGAGAAGCACCUACAACCACCUGAGCAGCUGGCUUACUGACGCCAGAAACCUCACCAACCCCAACACUGUCAUCAUUCUCAUAGGAAACAAAGCGGACCUGGAGGCCCAGAGAGACGUCACGUAUGAGGAGGCGAAGCAGUUCGCUGAGGAGAACGGUUUAUUGUUUCUGGAAGCCAGUGCAAAAACAGGUGAAAACGUCGAGGACGCUUUCCUUGAAGCCGCUAAGAAAAUCUACCAGAAUAUCCAAGAUGGCAGCCUGGACCUGAACGCCGCCGAGUCAGGGGUGCAGCACAAGCCCUCGGCGCCUCAGGGCGGUCGGCUGACCAGUGAACCCCAGCCCCAGAGGGAAGGUUGCGGCUGCUAAUGACCGAGCAAAAGCCCCACCGCUCCACCCACCCCCUCGCGUUCCUCCAUCCUUCUUUAUCCGUUCUGCCCGGCCUCCUUUGAGUAACCCCUCCAUCCAUUCCGACGCCUUUGUGCGCUCAUCCCUCACUGCACCAGGAGCUGCGUGAGAGCAGGGCUGCGGAGGAAAGGCAGGGCGAACAUCGACUUAACGCCAGACCGAGCCGGGCUGUGUGGACUACAUCUCUCCCUCCUCCUUUUGCCCGUCUCUCUUUGUUGCCGUCUCACUCGUCCUAAAACUGUCCGUGUUUUUCAGUCCCAUAAUGCCGCUGUUCCGCUGCCCCCUCAGUCGUCCUCCCUCCCAUCAGUAGGAUUUGUAGAUGACACCACGAGUCACUGGUCACUGACACUUUAGAUAGACUCAAUGUUCAAUCGAUAAUAAAGCAAGACUGUUUUUUUUGUU